AUGGAGAGAAAGAAGUGUCCUAUUCACAACGAAUCAGUUAUAUUCUAGAGGCCAAAUUAGUCUGAUCCAAAUUAAAGAAAUCUGUGCAAAAAUUGCAUAGUCCAAAUGGACAAUAAUUUGAUAUUGAUAGAGGACAGGCAAUUAGAAUUAAAGAGACAAUAAACCGAAAUGCAGGAGGAAAAAGAGUUAGAAUAUUAAAACAGUAUGUCAAUUUUAGAGGAGAUAAAAUAAGAUCUGUUUUCGUUUGAAAACCAAUUUAAGACUUCGUUUAACAAAUAUAUAGAGACUAUUGAUCAAUACGGGGGGUUAUUCCAAACCUAAAUGGCGAAGUUUUCUCAUACAAUAAAGAAACUCUCUUUGGCUGACUCUCAAUUAUUUAGUAAAUCAUGUAAACAACUUGCAAGUGAUACUCCUAACCUUUCAGAGAUAAAAAAGAAUCUCUAGACCUAACUGAGUAUACUAGACUCAAAAGAAUUCUUCAACAAAUUACAAGAAAAAAUAAAUAAAUUAAGUUAGGAUUAAAAUAUCGUACCUCCAAAGUUAGCAUAAUCAAAUCUGGUAAAACAAAAUAUAAUCGAUUUAUAAUGUAAAAUACAUAAAAGCAGCAUAGUUAUGGCAGACUUAAAUGAGAAGAGUACAAUACAAAGCAGAUUGGUUUGCUUGUCUUGUGUUGAGCAACAUUAAAUCAAAUUUACAAGAAUUGAAAGAGUUCUUGAGUUAAAGUCAAUCUACUAUUCAAAUCUAGUAAAAAGCUUUGAUAUGAAAAUUGAAUAGACUAUUCAAUAAUAAGAAGCCAAAAACAAAUCACUAGAGGAUUUCGAAAAUAAAAUCUCAUAAUUGAUAUAGCAACACAAAAGAGAGUAGAACCAGAAAUUUAAUAUUUAAAUAGAUAAUAUUAGAUAAAAAAAAAAGACAACUUAAGAAAUAUGGUCAGCUGACAACUUAUAAGGAAUGAGUACAAUUGUAAACAUACUGAGUUAACCAAAUUACAUAGAAUAGGUAGAUGAUAAAUUAAAAGAGGACUUGUAAAGUUUAGAGGAAAUUCAGAAAAAAAAUUUUGAUUGUUUAAUCAUAAAUUGUUAAGAUAUCUUAAAGAGAUUAAAGUCUGGUGAUUAACUUUUGGAAUAAGAACUAAUUAACACAAAUGAGAGGAAAGCUGAAGUUAGCAAGAGAGAAACAUAAUAAAUAAUUACAAACUAAGAAUAAAAAAAGGUUGUUAAAUAUUAACUAUUGUAAUAAUGCUCAAUCAAACAAUGUGAGACUUGUUAUGCACUUUCUAUUAAUAAAGAUUCCUCACUUGUAAUUGCUGCAUGUAGGAAGAGAAUAUAGAUAUUCUAAUUGAAUUAUGGAUAAUUAAUACCUAUUCAAACAAUCAUUAAUUAACAUUCAGGUGAUGUUUAUUGUUUGACUUUUUUUAAAAAAUCUAAUAAUUUUAUUUCUGGGAGUUAAGAUUAAUCUAUUAAAAUUUGGGAAAGAAAAAAAACAAAUUAUUGGGCUUGCGUAUAAAAUUUAGAUUUCCAUUAGAGUAGUAUAUUUUGUCUGAUAUACUCGAGAAAAGAAGACCUUAUAAUAUCUGGAAGUGCAGAUAAUACUAUUAAAAUCUGGGCACUAGAAAAACUAUGGAUGUGUAAAUAAACUAUCAGAGAUCAUACCAAUAUUGUUUAUGGCUUAUGUCUAAAUGAGUAGUCAAAUAUAUUAGUUUCAAGCGGAAGGGAUAAUAAAAUAUUGGUUUUUAAAUUGUAAAAUGAUACUUGGAAUCUUUGUUAAACAAUUAUGAAUGAGUAAUUUGGAAUAAGAGUUUGUUUCAUAAAUAACAGUGCAUUUUGUUUCUAACCAAGAAAUUUUAAUAAAUUAUAUAUUUAUGAUAUGAAUAAUGGAUAAUACACUAAGACUAAAGAAGUUUCAGUUUAAAAUGGAGAGGAUUGUGAUAGUCUAUUCCCUUAAUAAUUCAUAAAAUAAAAAUAGUUGUUAGUAAACAAAAACGGGUCAAGCCUAAAUUUUUUAAGUAUGCAUCCUAAUUCAGAAUUAACCCUUGAUUUUUCUAUUGAAUUUCAUUCCAAAAAGCUAUUUGGUACAUUAAGCAAUGAUGGUGAAUAUUUAAUUACUUGGGAUGAUAAAUAAAAAGAAAUACAAGUUAGAAAGUACAAUUUAUGA